GUUCCAGAUGUGUCCGCAAAUUCCAGAAGCGCAUUCUCUCCAUCACACACAAACUUUGGAUUUAACAAGCAAAAUACUGACCCUCACCCUCCUGUCCACAGUUGCCUUUGGCUUUGGUUAUACAAGGUAGAACAAUUCAGUGGUUGUUAUGCACUUAAAUUAUCCAAUGCGUUAUUAAGCCUGCCUGCUUAUCUGAGUGCGUUAUAUGAACACUGUUAAACCAGCCAGUUCAUAUUGUACCUUCUAAUGUAUCGACGAUGUUUGCGGACAAAGUACAGAGGAAACCGCUGCGGCUCAUCGGCGCUGCAUGCAACAACAUGGGAAUAGGAAAAGAUGGACAAUUGCCAUGGGAUUUACCGUAAGAGAUACAUUAUUAUUCAUUUAUAUAUUACGGAUUUGAUUUGAUAUAUGCCUUACGGUUUCAAGUUUGGGCUAUGUAAAAGCAAGCAUUACAAGUUACAUACUUGCGUGAUUGUAGCAUAUUCAAUGAUAACAAGUCCUUUUUUUCUUUUUAAUAGAUUUAGGCUACAAGAUAUUUCUAAACAUCUAUACUUGGAGCAUUAAUCAAUGCGCAUACUACAUUUAAUUGUGUCCUAAAUGCGUAAUUACGCAUUACAUUCUGGCCAGUUGUCAACAGGUGGUAUGUGAAGUCGGAUCCCAUUAUGCUUUUUGGGAUGGACACAGUUACUUGAUAACAUUUAAUAACAGGUAUAACACUUGUCUACAUGUAUUUCAAUAUGAAUACAUGUUUUCAAGUUUGUGGUUCUUGAACUGGUUUAGGUCCAUACAUAGGAGUAUUUGGCAAGAGUUGAUAGUAUUGGUCCAAUCGUAAUCAAUGUGUACAAAUAUUGCGUUCACAGGACAGAAUUCAAAUUCUUUUUGGACACUACAACAAAUGUCUCCCUACCAGGUAAUUUUGAUUGAUUUCCUUUCUGACUUAAAGGCUUUUAGCUAACAGUGCUCCAACUCAAUGAUGGAUAAGUAGAGAGCACAGAGAAAUGCAGACAAACAAGCUGCGGUUGAAAUGCAAUAGAACCUUGCACUGUUUCUGUAAUAGGUGUAGAUACUACAACCUGAGUUAUUCAGCUAUUGAUAGUUUGACAGCAACAUUCACUAUAAGGAAUAAAAUAGUAACUUUUUCCAAAUGGUCUUUACAAUGUAAGGUGAACUCGGUAAACCCUUUCACAGGAAAAUUGAACAUGAUGGUGUGGGGCAGGGGCUGCUGGUUCUCCAACCCAGACAGUCUGUUCUCUAUGCUGCCCAAUGUCCUCCAUGUGGUCCUGAGUACCACCCUGAGGUAAGCCGAAGGUCACACUACUACCAAUCACACACACAGUCCACAACCUAACAAAAUGUUUUAUAUACCUCAAUGAGUCUUGUAUUCAAAGUUGGCCAUGUUAAUAAUUUCACUUAAUUUAAACUUGAGUAAUUUAAACAUAGUCAAAUAUAGUCAACCGAGAUUUAGAAAAGUUGGGUUUUAGAAAUGAUUGCUUGUUUUGGGUGUCACUCACUCCCAGCACUCUCCCGGAGCAUGCCCACUUCCUGUGUCAAGAUUUCGACAGCGGGAUCGGCUUAGCCUUGCUGCGACCCUUCUGUGACCUGGUGGAGACCAUCUGGGUUGUGGGUGGGUCACAGGUCUAUCAGGUGACUGUUGUGUCUCUAUGUGGGUGGUGGGAACUUUGUGGCACAGUAUGACCUGGGCCCGUAUUUAUAAAACGUCUCAGAGUAGAAGUCCUGAUUUAGGAUCUGUUUUGCCUUUUAGAUCAUAAUUAAUAUGAUUACAUUGAAAGGGGGGACCUGAUCCUAGAUCAGCAUUACUCUGAGAUGCUUUAUUAAAAUGGCCCCAGGACUUUAAUAUGGGUUAGGAAUUUUAAAUGGAUGGAUUAUAGGACAGUCCAUCCACUAUAUUAGUCUAUAUCGUAGCUCAUUACCUUUCCCUUGUCAUCAGGAGGCCCUGAUGCAUCCCUGGUGUGAACUCAUCUACCUCACUGACAUCAUGGCUGACUUCGACUGUGACGUCUUCUUCCCGCAGUUUGACCGAAGCAUUUUUAGAAAACAAGAGAGGUAAGGAAGCAUAUUUUAUUCUCUGCUCUCCUGGCCCUAGGCUGCAACACUGUUUGCUUAAUCUUUGGACUGUUUUGAUAAGUGGAUCUAUACUCUGUUCUGAUUGGCCAAGUAACACACACACGUCAGGCCAAGUGUUUGAAAGCUCUUUGUGUCUUCAUCAAUCUGUCUAAGUUGUCCCUUUUUGUUUCCUUUAACUUCAAACUAGGUUUCCUGGAGUACCAAAUGAUAUUCAAGAGGAGAAUGGGGUUACAUUUAAGUUUGAAGUUUUCAAGAGUGAGAUCUGUGGAGCUGAGGUGAUUUAAAACUGUAACUUACUGCAUGAAUGAAAACAUUGACUAUUCUUUGUCAGAUCUUAGGUGCCUUUUUUGAACUAUUCUGUUCUCCAGUGCAAUUCGAAUAGUUAUCAUUAUCCAGUUGAACAUUACAAAUGUCCCACUCACUCUGCUUCAUCUCAUGUGCCUGUGACUCCAUCAGCACAGUUCCAUAACACUAAUGAAUUAGAAAAGUCAACAAGUCCAUCCCAUUCUGAUUUGUGUUACUGUUAGUCAUGUGUUGUCAGAUACAGAAGGCUUUUCAUGUUUGGCAUAAAUGAUGGAUCCACUGCUGUCCAAUAUAAUAGCCUUCCUUGUUUGAUGUAUCAUCCUUGCUAUCCUUUCCCCUUAUCUGUAAUAUUCUGCUAGGACCAAACCAAUAUGGCUCUGUCUGAGUCAGAGCUUAUGUCAGAGCAAGAGUGGCCUGGGGUGACUCAUAACAAUGUGGGCACUAGGGAUGGGGGGGUUGUUCCCGAUUUAUGUCUGAACAUUUCAUAUCAUAUGGCAAUUAAAGUAUGGAGUCGCCACCCAAAGCCUGGAAAUCAGCCUGGAAUGUUUUUUACAUUUAUA